AUGGUACACCUUGUGGCUGUACCAGAGACAAUCACGGCAAGUGGCUGUGCUUGUGUCUUUAUUGACACCAUCUUCCGACUUCAUGGGUUGCCCCGUGAACUCGUAUCAGACAGAGAUCCACGAUUCACUGCUGAUUUCUGGCGUUCCGUGUUCAAAUCACUCGGAACGCGCUUGAAGAUGUCGACAUCUGAUCAUCCAGAGUCAGAUGGUCAGACGGAACGUGCCAAUCGUGUCCUUGAAGAGAUACUUCGAGGAUACGUACACUCCUUUAAGAGUUGGAGUGAGUUUUUGCCAAUGGUAGAGUUUGCCAUCAACAACUCGGUGCAUGCGUCCACGACACAUACACCGUUUUACGUGAAUGGCUUGCGCCAUCCGCGUGUACCCACCUUACUAGAGUGUAACUCUGGUUUAAGGGGGGGAGGGACUCGCGCGAGCAAAAACCGAUUUGGUUCACGCUCAUCACGCUCUGACGAAGAGGUCAUUGCGUUUGAUGCCGAUAUCGAUAACAUCGAUAUCGAAGAAGAUGAUGCCAGUGAGAGUGCGGAAGCCCUCACUGAAGAAGAUGAUCCCAGUGAGAGUGCGGAAGCCCUCACUGAAGAAAAGGUUGAUGUUGCUGCAGUGCGCUCACAGCACACUGAAGCUAACGAGUCAUCAGAUGAGUUCAUACUGGCUCGUGAAACGGUAGUCCGUUUUGUGCAAGACUCCAUCGCCGAAGCGGUGACUUAG